UACAAUAAAAACAUGUGCAACAACUAACUAGUAAUAAGAGAAUUUAUUAUUAUUUUUUUAUAAUCACAAGUAAGAGAAUUAGCUCAAACAAAAUGGAAGAAAUUUUAUGCAAUAAGUUUGUGACAAUCAAGCACGCCAUAGAAGGCGCACCAAAAGAGGAUGAUUUUGAGGUUUUAAUUACAAAUAUUAGCACAUCAUCCAUUAAGCCAGGCUCUAACAAUGUCCUCGUCAAAUGUCUUCAACUUUCAAUGGAUCCUUACCAACUCAAUCGCAUGAAGAGUUUCAGUCCUUCUCAGAAUUCAGUAGCUGCGGCUUUCAAAUUGGUGCCUGGCAAGCCAAUUAACGGAAAUGGAAUUGGAAAAGUUGUGGCUUCAGGGCAUCCAAAAUUCCAAAAGGGUGACUUAGUUAUUGGAUUAGUGAUUUGGGCACAAUAUGCUGUGGUGGAGAAAGUCAAUUUGUUGAGAAAAUUAGAUCCUAUGGAAUUACCCUUGUCAUACCACCUUGGAAUUCUUGGAACCAGUGGACUCACAGCAUAUGCCGGUUUUUUCAAAGUGGGCAAACCAAAGAAGGGAGAGAAGAUAUUUGUAUCAACUGCUUCAGGGUCUGUUGGAAAUUUAGUUGGACAAUAUGCUAAGUUAUUUGGCUGCUAUGUUGUUGGUUGCGCAGGUUCCACUAAAAAGGUUGCUAUGUUAAAGGAAACGCUUGGCUUUGAUGAUGCAUUCAAUUAUAAAGAAGAGAGUGAUUUGAAUUUGGCUCUUCAAAGACACUUCCCGGAAGGAAUUGACAUCUAUUUUGACAAUGUGGGUGGUGAGAUGUUAGAAGCUACGAUUGCAAACAUGAACCCCUUUGGUAGAGUGGUUGCAUGUGGUGUUAUGUCUCAAUACACCGAUCCUACUAAGAGAAGAGCCGGUCCUAACAUGAUCGACGUCGUUUAUAAGCGAAUCACCAUCCAAGGAUAUCUAUGUACCGAUUACGACUUUCAAGAGGAUGGACAUUGUUUUGCCGAGUUUGUAUCAGCAACAUCAAGCUACCUCAAAGCAGGUCAAAUGCAAGUGCUUGAAGAUAUUCAUGUUGGCUUAGAGAGCAUCCCUUCUGCUUUAGUAGGUCUCUUUUGUGGUCGUAAUAUUGGCAAGACUGUUGUUAAAAUUGCGGAUGAUUAAUUAACUUAUUCGAGUUUCACGUAUUCCUUACAUUCCCAAUCAACAAAACAAUUGUUAAUAAAUAAACGAACUUGAUUCUAAGUGUUUA